GGGGAGGAGAGUACCAACAACAUCAGCUGCGGUAAGGUUAGCUAGCCGCCGUCUCGCCCGCCGUCUUCCGCACACACGAUGGGGAACGCUGCCACCGCCAAGAAGGGCAACGAGCUUGAGAGCGUAAAAGAAUUUCUAGCCAAAGCCAAAGAAGACUUUUUACGGAAAUGGGAAUGUCCGCCACAUAGCACAGUUGGCCUGCUUGACUUUGACAGAUUAAAAACCUUGGGCACAGGCUCGUUCGGAAGAGUCAUGCUGGUGAAACACAAAGGAACAGGACAAUACUUCGCCAUGAAAAUACUGGAUAAGCAAAAGGUGGUGAAACUCAAGCAAAUAGAGCAUACAUUGAACGAGAAACGAAUACUACAGGCUGUGAGCUUUCCCUUUCUCGUCAAACUUGAAUAUGCGUUCAAGGACAACUCCAAUUUGUAUAUGGUGAUGGAGUAUGUUCCCGGAGGAGAAAUGUUCUCUCAUCUCAGACGAAUUGGAAGGUUCAGUGAACCACAUGCUCGUUUCUAUGCUGCCCAGAUAGUGCUGACAUUCGAGUACCUCCAUUCAUUAGACCUUAUCUACAGAGAUCUGAAACCGGAGAACCUGCUCAUCGACCAUCAUGGUUACAUUCAGGUGACCGACUUUGGGUUUGCCAAGAGGGUGAAAGGCAGGACUUGGACGUUGUGUGGGACACCAGAGUACCUGGCGCCAGAGAUUAUUCUCAGCAAAGGUUAUAACAAAGCUGUGGACUGGUGGGCCCUAGGGGUCCUUAUCUACGAGAUGGCAGCUGGCUACCCUCCGUUCUUUGCAGAUCAACCCAUCCAGAUCUAUGAGAAGAUUGUAUCUGGAAAGGUACGAUUCCCCUCCCACUUUAGCUCGGACUUGAAAGACCUUUUGAGAAACCUGCUGCAGGUGGACCUCACCAAACGCUAUGGCAACCUGAAGAACGGAGUCAAUGACAUCAAGGGCCAUAAGUGGUUCGCCACAACGGACUGGAUUGCCAUCUACGAAAGAAAGGUGGAAGCCCCGUUCAUACCAAAGUGCAGAGGCCCGGGGGACACCAGCAAUUUCGAUGACUACGAAGAGGAGGAGGUCCGCGUUUCCGUCACGGAAAAAUGUGCAAAGGAGUUUGCAGAGUUUUAAGACAUGACGAAGUGGAUAUAUCAGGGCUAAAACACGAGAAAUAAGGGGAUCUUUGCACUCUUCUAAAGACUUGGGAUGGAGCAGAGACCAUCAUCGUCCAGAUCUGCCACACGAGUCCCUUCAUUCCACGAACCCGGUUGAGGUUGCCAUGAUCCUUGGGUGCCGUUAACCCGUCACUGUCCAGUACACCUGCAUAUUAAGGCAGAAACGUCACUUUCUUGUUUCUUUCUUUUUUUUCUCUUUUCUUUUCUUUUCUUUUUUUUUUACCUGCCCACUUUUUUGACUUUAAAGCAGUUUUAGUCUUCGAUGUUGUGCUCCCCUUUAAAAAAAAAAAAGUAAUAUUUUUAAAUUUGAGGGAAAACCUGGGACGAUGGCCAAUAUUAGUCCACACUUUGUAACUGAUUUGUCUGUGGCAGUAUGACACACAGUGGUGUGUGUUGUAGGGCAUUGCCUCUAGUCGUUGACAAUGUAUAUUUAUGGUCUGUUACAUUUAUGGUCUGUUACAGGUCCACAAUAAAUUUGGCUUUUGUAAAGUUUAAGGCCAGCUUCCUGAAGUAGUAUUUGUCUUAUGUGCAUAUCUACCAGUUUUUGUAAGGCAUUUGAACACGUGUUGAGUGGUUAAAGCAUGACCCGAGAGGAAACACUGACUGAAGAGAGGUUCUUCCCUUUCUUUGCUUUCUUUCUUUUUCUUUUUUUGCCUUAGAGAGCCAAGUCCUCAGACCCCCACAGAACAUCUAUUCACCGUUGUGUUGGUAUUCUGAUCCAGUCACAACAAGCCAUCUGAGAAAGCGGCAGACCUUAUUACCCAUAGCAACAUGCGAACCUCGUCGUUUGUUUGUGCAUCCGGAUUUCUUGGUUUUAUGUAAAAUCGAUCAUUUGGUAUCUCGCGUUGUUGCCGUGUCCGACGUUGUGUUCACUUCAUCCCUGGGUUUCAGGUCUGCUUUAAAAAUGACCUUUUUGGUCAGUUUGUGGAGCGGCGUCGCUCCAGUAUAUGGGGGAAAGAGUGGAGUAAAUCCUUCUUGGGAUUUUUAUAGAGCGCGGCGUAAAGUCGACCAGGUCAAUUUGAAUAGUGUUGUGGCUUUCUGCCCCGGCGUUGUUAGCGAAACCUUAAAAGAAACGCACACUUUUUAACAGUAUAUUCAUGCGGAGAUGCUUUGAGGUCUUCGGAAAAGCGAUCACGAGACGAAUAAGUUCCACGUGUUCCCGUUUUUUCCCUGUUCUGAAGUUGUUUUUCCAUGUUUGUUUCAUUCUUGUCGGGGAAUGUAGACUUGCAGUUUAUAGGUAUGCAUAUUGGAAGGCUUGAUUUUUAAAGGACUGUUUCCUCCUCACAGUACACUGGCUAAAAACAAGACUGCUCCUUUCUAUCACAUGUAACCCAAUACUCAGUUCAUUACAUUAUACGUAUAUGCAUUGUUUCAUAUGUUUUUAUUUAUACACAUUAGAGAUGCUAAUAAAUUUUAUUUUUAAAAG